UGCAGUUGUCUACUUGCCCCCUCACUCUGUUACUUGGAUUCAAUCAUGUCGAACAACAGCGCCGCCAACAGCAGUUUAGUCCUCGCUCAGAAGGCAGUGAAACAGCUUCGUCUGGAGGCCAGCGUCCGCCGGAUAAAGGUUUCUCAGGCUGCUGCAGAACUGAAAAACUUCUGUUUGCAAAAUGCCCACAAAGACCCUCUCCUCACGGGGGUGCCCUCCAGUGACAAUCCUUUCCGGCCUCCCAAGUCAUGUGUCCUCCUCUGAGAUCUGUAGAGUGCAUUCAGGCAGUCUCAUUGUUCUAACGUGGAUUUGUGUCAUGUGCGGCGCCACUGUUGAAGAUAACGAAGACCCAGUCAGUGAAGGAGUUGAUUAAAUGAUAAUGAUUUCAGGUGAAACAUUUAGCCAAUCUUAUUUUAAUUAUUUGUGUGUUUCUGCAUUCUGCAUUUCUGUUUUGAAGACCUGUGGAAUAACAUUUUUAACAGUCAUUAUCAGUGGAUGUGCAAUUGUAUUUGGCACUAUAUAAAUAAAAUACAACUGAAUUAAACCGAAUGAAAACUCACACAGCUGAAAACACCAUGACUAGAAAAUCCUCAUGAAAAUUACACCUUAAAAUACAAACCUAAGCAGAUUAUUCCCAUUUAUAGAUGUUUCCCAGAAUCAAGCAGCAACCUCUAGAGCAGGGGUGGGCAACUCC